CAAUGUUUUUAAUAGUUAAGGCUAAUAAUGGGUUUGAAGCGUGUGAUCCAUAUACUCCUACCCUUACUGCAGAUUUUACACCUGAUCCUAUUCCAGCUCCCGGGGGUAAAAUGACUUUAACCGUUCAUGGAAAAAUAACAGACCUAAAUGACCCAGAUAUCAAAUUAUUUACCUCCAAUACUAUGGUUCAAGUCGAAUUCAUUAGUCAAUUAAUAGGUACCCAUUCCUCCAAUAUACAUGAGCUUCCUGAUUGUUCUGGAUAUGAUAGUUGCGAUCAUGACAUCAAUAUCCAUGUACCUGAAGAUGUUCAGAAUUAUCAUAUUCUAAGAUAUACUUUAUUAUCUUCAGGCAUACCUGUUUCAUGUGUACAGUUUACCAGACAUAGUUUAGCAUCUUCCUAA